CCAGCCGGCGCGGCGGGCGCGCUGCCGCGGCCGUCCCCUCCCCCACUCCCACUGCGCCGGAGGGGAAUCCGUCACCGCGGCUGCUCAGGCCGCCGCGGUCGGUCGUAGCCAUGGACUCUUCUUGGGAGGAUCUGACGCUGGCCUUCUCCCGCACGUCCAUGUUCCCCUUUUUUGACAUCGCCCACUAUUUGGUGUCCGUGAUGGCGCUGAAGCACCGGCCGGGAGCAGUGGAAGGGGCAUGGAAGAAUCCUUUUUCAAGCUGGUUUUCUGCAAUGCUCCACUGCUUUGGUGGAGGAAUUUUAUCAUGUAUACUUCUUGCAGAGCCUCCACUGAGGUUUUUUGCAAAUCACACUAAUGUUUUACUGGCAUCUUCAAUCUGGUAUAUUAUAUUUUUUUGCCCUUGGGACCUUAUUUCCCAGGGCUAUUCAUUCUUACCUGUUCAACUUCUGGCUGCGGGAAUGAAGGAAGUGACCAGAACUUGGAAAAUAAUAGGUGGAAUCACACAUGCUAAUAGCUAUUACAAAAAUGGCUGGUUAGUCAUGAUAGCUAUUGGAUGGGCCCAAGGUGCAGGUGGUAUCAUUAUCACAAAUUUUGAACAGUUACUAAAAGGAGAUUGGAAACCAGAAGGUAAUGAAUGGCUGAAGAUGUCCUACCCUUCCAAGGUAACCCUGCUGGGGUCCCUUAUCUUCACAUUUCAGCACACCAAGCAUCUGACCAUAUCAAAGCAUAAUCUUAUGUUCCUUUAUACCAUCUUUCUUGUGACCACAAAGAUAACCAUGAUGAUUACAGAGACUUCUUCUGUGACUCUUGCUCCUUUUGAAGAUAUAUUGAGUCGGAUGCUCUUUGGUUGGCAGCACCAUUUUUCAUUGUGUGAAAAGAAAUGUGGAGCAAAAUCGUCUUCCAAUGGCACUGGUUCAUCAGUCUCAAAACCUAUAACCGAUGGUUCAGAUAAUGUUAAAAGGAAACAUUCUAAGAAGACUGAGUAAAUUUACUUGAGCUCUAGAAGGCAAAAAAAAAUUCUUUUCUACCUAUCAGAUUGUGAUAAAUAUUUCUAUGUAGAUGAUGUGAAAUAAAGAUUAUAUAUAAGGAAUGGAGGUGACAAAAAGAAAGAAAUUCUUUCUGUUUUAGGGUGACUACCACUUUCUUGAUUGUAAUUCUUGAGUGUCAUGAGUAUAUCAUGUGAAUUUUUUUCUGAUAUAAAGUAUCUUGUGAUUAUUUGAAUAGUUUACAUUGAUAAAAGAAAUUAAAAAAAUUUGAAACUUUUAAAAAAUUGGGUAAUUUCAUGCAUUUAAAAAAAUCUGAAUCUAUUUGAGCUUUAGUUCAGAAUUAAACUUUUAAAAGUAAAUAAAAGUUUAAUUCCUAGGUAUGGAAAGUUAAUUGAUUAAAAAAUUAAAAUUCUAAUUUAAUUUUGAGCAUUGAGGACGUUAACUUUUCCUAAAAUACUUUCUAUUAUAUAUGGAUAUAAAUUGCUAGUUUAUAUUUGCUAUAUAAACAUUGUAAUUUUGCCCUCGUUAAAAUAGAAAAUACCUGAAAUUUAUCUUAAUUUUAUCUCUAAUAGUACUUUUCAGUAAGAACACAAUAUUGUUGUAUGAAUUUCAGUUUGAAGUCUGCUUCAUGCCCUUGUUUAAAAAACUGUUUUUUUCCUCCUCACAAGAAAAUUAGGGGUACAAUUUUUGAUAAAUUACUUUUCAGUUUUCCAAGAUUACAAAACAUGGAAUUUUCUUUUUUUUUCCUUCCCUCUUUCUCUCUCCUUAAAACACAUUUAUUUCAACUGUAGAGAAAAUUUUCACAUUUCACAUGUUCUCCCUGACUUUGGUUGUUCUGAAUACAUUGGUAGCAGUUGUCUUAAUGAUUCAACACAAAGUAUUAUCUCCAUUAAAUUUGUUUCUUCCAUAUCUCCUUUCUAGUGGCUACUUUCUCAGUUUUUUGUUUGAAUGUUUCAUGUUAGAUUAAAUAUGGUUAUAUUUAGUUUUAAUCUAUGUGUACAUGCAUUAUUUAUUUUGUUUUAAAUGAAAACCAAUUACCUUCAUGUGAAAAUGCUCAGCUCUGAAGAGAAUUGUACACAUUUGAUAGUAAUCAGCUAGGAAACAGAUCAACCGAAAUCUCAUGGUUGUCUUAUUUGAUUGAAGAAUGAUGACAUUAAAUCUGGUUUCUUAUUGGCAAAAUAAACCAGAAAAGUACUAAAUGA